AUGCGGCUUAUUUUUGGCAACAUGUGGGGUGUUUGGGUACUAUUGGCUGAGCCUUCUCGAGAGUUUCUGUCGAUGCUGUGGAAUCUGCGGAGCAAAGGCGCCCGUUUAUGGCCUGGGGGUUCUUUGACCCUGCAACAACAAAACCCGAAAACAAUCAUCCCAAUAGAAGCAUCCGCCGCCUGUGGUCUUCAUAAAGGGCCAAACUCCCUGCGACCUGAUACACUCCCCGCAUUGGUAUAUUCUUCCGCUCUUCUCGCUAGUUCCUGUCUAUCUCAUAUAUCCACAAUAAUUGCAUAUCUUCUCUGCUGCGCUGUUGUACCCCAGGCAUUUAUUUCACCCAUUUCACCCCCCACCUACCUUACCGAUACCCAAUCCCACCCCGAUCUCAUAAUGCGACUUUCGACUCUCCUGGCCUGCUCGGCACUGAGUGUUGGCCUCAGCAUGGCCCAGGACUCGCGAUUCCCCGUUAACCUGAAAAGUACUGACAACCCACCUAACGUAACUUACACCGCACAUCUGCAGAACAGAACCGACACCGAUCUUCGCGGAAAUGUCAGCAUUACUUCUGGACCCUUUGGAAUUGGCGUGCUCAUCACUGCUGUGUUCUGGGGCUUCCCAAAUGAGACCGAAUACGGUCCCUUCCCCUGGCACGUCCAUAUGUCACCUGUGAACUCGAGUGGGAAUUGCCUCUCGACUGGGGGCCAUCUUUCUCCCACUUUGCGCCUUGAUUCGCCGCCCUGUGAACGAACAAACCUGCCGACCUGCCAAAGUGGUGAUUUGUCGGGGAAGUAUGGCGACAUCGGUGGUGUGAGAAACGGCACUUUUUGGAGAAGCGAUUUCUUUGACCCUUACCUGUCAACAAAUCCUAACUCGACCUCCUUUGUCGGCAAUCGUUCCAUUGUUGUCCACCUAUACAACGGCACACGAAUCAACUGUGGCAAUUUCAUGUUGAAUCCCAAUGGUUCCCAGGCUUUCCCGCCUCCAUUCACUUUACAACUCCCAGGUGGUCAGAAUUCAAGUGGCGCUAGCCGAGUCGGUGCAGUCGCUCUCGGCGUGAUCCUCGCAAGCAUUAUCGCCCUUCUGUUGUAA